CCCCACCCACACCCACACCCCACCCACACCCCACACCCCACCCAGAUUAUGUUUUAUCACACAACUUUUAUUGAUCUGAAGAAGAACAUCAUCGGCACAAAUAUCGACAUUACCAAUGUAAAUAUAGGCGUCACCGACGCAAACAUCGACGUCACCGAUGUCACUGAUCCAAGCAAAGACGUUACCAAUACGGACAGAAGUGAAUUUCGGUUUCUAGACACUAUCCUUUCAGUCUAGAGAACAAACAAAAAAUAAAAUGUAUAGAAUGAAGGUCCAUAGAGAAAUCUAGGAUGUACGAUCAAAAAAGCAUAAACGCAGAAAAAGCGAAAAAGAUUUUCCGUUUUCUAUGAAAAAAGCCUAUUUUUCAAGCAAAACAUGACGGGAAUCCUCAAAAAAACGAUGUGCCAAAUGAAAAAGCAUAUUGUUUCUAAAUGAUCAGAUUUCUGGCUAUCUUUCCAUGCAUUUAUCUCUAUUACGAAUUUUUUGGGUGGAGGGCUUAAUGUUGUUUCUCAUUUUAAUUUAUUCCAUUAAAUUGGAAAGAUAUUGUUUUACGAUUCUAAUAUAGAGUUCAACAGAUUGAAUUUUCAACUUUUUUUAUUUAUUAAAAAUUGAAAUUCUCAGAAAAAAGCUUCUGUUUCUGUAUUCGUAUUCUGUUAACGUCUUAGUUUUUUUGUAUGUCGUAGAGCUGGGUUUUUUCACUAAUACUUUUAAUGUUUCCAAAAUGGUUUUUCUUACAUAUUCUUGAUGAUUUUUGAUCCGACUGACAUGACAAGUUUUAACGUCUUAUCAUUUUCAGAGAAUACGCUUUGUAAUUAGUUUGUAGAAGUGAAAGAAAGAUCAAUGAUGUGACAGACAGACGUCAAAAAAAGGAUUUGUUGGCUGAUUAAAAAAAAAGUCAUUUUCUUCAUCCGUUGAUUGUCUGAUUAACAUAGAAAUUUCAUUCAAAUGUCUUUUUUCUUUUUAUGUAGCAUCUGAAAGAAUAAAAACCCAUUUUAAAAUGAUCGACUAUGGACGAGGAAUAGUUGGUUUUAUCGUAACUUUAAUUUCUCUUAUUCAUGGUUCAGCUGCAUGGGUCAUCUCGUUUAUGGUUGUCGCUAUUAUCAUCCGUUAUCAAUAUAAUAAUCGUUUGAAACGAGAAGAGAAGAUAACUCUUUUACUUUCUACUAAUAUUUAUUUACUUAUUUUUCUCUAUAUAACAGCACUAAUUUCAUGCAAUAUUCAAACAAUAGUCGGUGAUAUCCAUGGAAAUAAUUUUGAUUCAUCAUGGUGUGUAUUCGUUGGGUAUUAUAUUGUUGCAACGUGUUGUGCUUUGUAUCAUGCCUUUGUUACUCAGGCUUUAUUUCGUCUUGGUCGCAUUGUUUAUUCAAACUAUAGAUGGCUCCAACAUUUCUGGUUCUAUAUCAUUGUCACCGGUAUUCAAGUAGUAGGAGCCUUUGCUCUUCUAUCCCCUGUUCUCAUUUGGCAUGAUGUAAUCUAUCUAUCUAACGAUCAUUAUUGUUGUGUUUCAUUCAAAAUAAUUCUCGGUGUUCUUUGGGCUGUAUUUGCUUGUUAUGGUCUUCCUCUUAUUUAUUUAUCUCUCAUAUAUAUUCGUAUCACAUUAUUUAUUCGUCAACAAUCCAAUACCGUAGCAUUGGCAAUAAAACGAAGACAACAACGAGAUUUACUCGCUAUUCAACGAAUUCUCAUUAAUGUUGGUCUAUUGAUAGCAAUAGGAUUUCCGGCUAUGGUUCUCUUAGUUAUGCUUUUCAUUACUGGUGAAGAACAUCCAUUACUUUAUCGUAUCUUAUGGAUUGGAGCCGAAGUAUCUAUGGCAGUAUUGAGUAUAGCAAUGGUUUUGACGACACCUCAACUUAAAAAUAUUGUUAUGAAAAGACAGCGACAAAACCGGGUAACUACCAUUGAAGGUCCUGUUCGAAUGGGAUCCAUGUCAACUGCUCACUGA